CAUGAUUUGAACUGGCUAGCCCCGUGUAAUGUUUUUCAGGGUAUCACAGAGAGCUUUGGAGCUGGGAUCCAUGCCCUCAACACCUCACAGCUGACAGAUGGUGUGAUUAACAGGAGCAAAAGGAUGAUGCUGGACACCCUCGGUGUCGGACUAUUAGGAACCAGAACAGCUGUCUUCAAUAAGGCUCUGAAGUACAGUCAGUUGUUCACAUCGCGGGAAAGGAGCAGCGUUUGGGGUCAAUCAGAUAUAAUCCUGCCUCCUCAUUACGCUGCAUUUGUUAAUGGCAUCGCUGUUCACUCCAUGGACUUUGACGACACUUGGCACCCUGCGACUCAUCCCUCGGGCGCCGUCCUACCUGCACUGCUGGCCCUGGUAGAGACACUUCCCAGCCAGCCCUCUGGUCUAGAUCUCCUGCUAGCCUUCAAUGUUGGCAUUGAAGUUCAGGGCAGACUGAUGAGGUUCUCCAAAGAAGCCUACAACAUCCCUGAAAGGUAUCAAUUUUGGAAAUAUUUUCAGCUCUGGAUGAAAGAGGGUGAAACUAACCACGGUCCACUUUGUCCCUUCAGAUUCCACCCUCCCAGUGUUGUUGGAGUGAUGGGCAGCGCUGCAGCCUCGGCUAAGCUCCUCCGUCUGUCCCCUGAACAGUGCAUUCAUGCUCUUGCCAUAGCAGCCUCCUCUGCCGGGGCGCCUUUAGCCAACGCUGCCACACAGACCAAACCUCUCCACAUUGGAAACGCUGCUCGGAGAGGCCUGGAGGCCGCUCGGCUGGCCCAGAUAGGACUGAAGGGAAAUCCAGCCAUACUGGAUUUGGACAGAGGGCUUGGUGUUUACUACAAAGACUACAGUCCCUCCGCUAUGGCGGAUUCUGCUGUGAGAGCAUAUAAAUGGAUUCUGGAAGAUCAGGACGUGGCAUUCAAACGCAUCCCCACUCACCUCGGGAUGCACUGGGUUGUCGAUGCAGCUCUGGCAGCCCGGGAAAAGCUCCAAAACGCAGUCGGCAAAUUUGACCUCAGCCAGAUCCGGCAUGUCACACUUCGGGUGCCUCCAUCCAAGUACGUUAACUGCCCGUUACCUGCCACAGAGCACCAAGCCAGGCACUCGUUCCAGUUCAACGCCUGCACCGCACUGCUGGAUAACAAGGUGACCGUGGCGUCUUUCGGCGACGCUCAAAUCGGCCGAUCCGCUAUGAAGGAGCUCCUGGGCAAAGUCAGCUUGGAGACGCCAGAAGAUAACCUGCCCAGUUUUGACAAGAUGUACUGCGAGGUCGAGAUAGCGACGCACCAGGGGCCGAGCUACACAGCCAGAUGUGACACUUUCUACGGCCACUGGAGGAAACCGCUGACUCUGAAGCACCUGGUGGAGAAGUUCAGUGUGAAUGCUUCGUCUGUGCUGUGCACAGAGGGAGUGGAGCGGGUCAUUGAUGUUAUAGGAAACAUUGAAAGGGUGGCAGAUUGCUCAAUAUUGGGUUCAUAUCUGAGAAUGACAAGAAAUCAAGAGCGCCUUGACAGAAUGAGGAUUUUGUAA